GCGGGGUUUCAAAAGCGGAAAGGGUUGCACAGGAAGAGCUUGGGCCGAGCACACGGGAGGGGGAGAUUGAAGGCGGUGUUUAUUUUUCCUAAUUUAUUUAUGUACUCUUCUUCGUAAUAGCUUUUUAGUAUUUUAUGCAUCUUUCUCCUGUCUUUCCUAUGUCGAUGGAGGCAGCUCUGGUUUUGCUUCCUCUACCUCCGCUUGGCUUGCUAGGCGUCAUCAUGCUAGGAAGCUAGCGGUAGCUAACUCCUCACAGAAACUUCCCGUCAUAGGGGCACAAACCGACGGGGAAAGCUAACGACAUAGCAGUCGAUGAUAAAAUCACAUCCUCUCCUCGCGAAGGAUAAAAAGCCUGAUUCAGGACAAAGAAACGCUGCAUCUGUUCAUUUCCGGAGUCCUAGACGGCUGAUCAUUUCAAUUUGAGAUAGCUAGCCUAGCCUGCGAGUCCUUUCUGUUGGCGCUGCAGCUUGUGCAGCGCCGUUAACGGUUCCAAUUAUUGGUAACUACGGGGAUUUAAUGGGUCCUUUACUUCCUUAGUACCACCCCCCGGCGGACCCUCGCUCGAAUAUUCCUCGGGCGCUGUCCAUAUCGGGGGGUGCCCGGUCAAAGAGUCAUUCUGCCCGGGGAAGGAAGGUUGACCCUCUCCAACCCCGGUGGACGCUCCGACCGGCGUUAGCACCGGGGAGCCCUAAUAUGGCAGGAAAUUUAAAGAAAGGAGGGGGGUUGAUCGGGAUGAUGAAAGCUUUUCAGCCGCACCAUCACCACUUGCAUGCACAUCAUCAACCAGGAGCCGUGGAUAAGAAGACAGUGGAAAAAUGCUGGAAACUCAUGGACAAGGUGGUGCGGCUCUGCCAGAACCCUAAGCUGGCGCUGAAGAACAGCCCUCCCUACAUCCUGGACCUGCUGCCCGACACCUACCAGCACCUGCGCACCAUCCUGUCCCGCUACGAGGGGAAGAUGGAAGCGCUCGGCGACAAUGAGUACUUCCGCGUCGUCAUGGAGAACCUGACCAAGAAGACCAAGCAGACCAUCAGCCUGUUCAAAGAGGGCAAGGAGCGCAUGUAUGAGGAGAACUCUCAGCCCAGGAGGAACCUGACGAAGCUGUCGUUGAUAUUCAGCCACAUGCUAGCCGAGCUCAAAGCCAUAUUUCCCAACGGCCUGUUCCAAGGAGACAACUUCCGGAUCACCAAAGCGGACGCCGCUGAGUUCUGGAGGAGAUCGUUUGGGGACAAGACCAUUGUUCCGUGGAAAGUGUUCCGUCAGGCGCUGCACGAGUUUCACCCAAUCAGCUCGGGCCUGGAGGCCAUGGCCCUCAAGUCCACCAUCGACCUCACCUGCAACGACCACAUCUCCGUCUUCGAGUUCGACAUCUUCACCAGGCUCUUCCAGCCGUGGUCGUCCCUGCUGCGUAACUGGAACAGCCUGGCGGUCACACACCCAGGGUACAUGGCCUUCCUCACGUAUGACGAGGUCAAAGCGCGCCUGCAGAAGUUCAUCCACAAGCCUGGCAGCUACAUCUUCAGGCUCAGCUGCACGCGGCUGGGCCAGUGGGCCAUCGGCUACGUCACCGCCGACGGGAACAUCCUGCAGACCAUCCCGCACAACAAACCGCUGUUCCAAGCGCUCAUCGACGGAUUUCGGGAAGGAUUCUACCUGUUCCCGGACGGACGGACGCAGAACCCGGACCUCACUGGGCUGUGUGAGCCGUCCCCUCAGGACCAUAUCAAAGUCACGCAGGAGCAAUACGAGCUGUACUGUGAGAUGGGCUCCACCUUCCAGCUGUGCAAGAUCUGUGCGGAGAACGAUAAGGAUGUGAAGAUUGAGCCGUGUGGUCACCUGAUGUGCACCUCCUGCCUCACCGCCUGGCAGGAGUCGGAGGGUCAGGGCUGUCCGUUCUGUCGCUGUGAGAUCAAAGGCACAGAGCCUAUAGUGGUGGACCCUUUUGACCCGAAGGACAACAGCGGGGGCCUGUAUGGCGGCUGCAGAGGCAUGUUUGGGGCGGAAGCGCCCUCCCCCAGCGAUGACGAUGACGACCGGCUGGACGAUCCCCACCUCAUGAUGAGCAAGCUCGCGUGUGCCAAGGUGGAGCGGCCCCCCUCGCCCAUGUCCAUGGCUCCCCAGGCAUCUCUCCCUCCUGUGCCACCACGCCUCGACCUGCUGCAGCACCGGCCCCCAAACCCCCCCGGAGCCUCCAGUCCAGGGGCCACAACCAAGGUCGCCGCACACCACAAAGAUAAGCCCCUCCCCCUGCCCCCAGCCCUGCGGGACCUGCCCCCGCCCCCUCCCCCUGACCGUCCCCACACCGCCGGGCCUGAGGCGCGGCUGCAGAGACGGCCCCUCCCCAGCACCCCCGGGGACAAGCCCCCACCGGCCCCGCCCAAUCGGGGCCUGGCGGACUGGAACCCCCGCCCCGUGCCCAAAGCCCCCACGCAGCCCCCCUGCCUGUCCAACCGCCACUCCCUCCCCCUCGCCCUUCCCUCAGCGCUGGACGGACGGACGGACGCGCAGCGGAACAGCAGCCUCAGUCUGGACCAACCGCCGGUGGCUGAUGGCUUUGCUGUUCCUCAGACGUUUGGGCCGAGUGCCUGUGGGAGUCAGGAGUACGACAACCCAAAAGUGAAGCCUUCCUCCUCAGCCAAUGCCAUCUACGCUCUGGCAGCCAGGCCUCUCCCGGCUCUCAAACAGCUGGCAGGGGAGGACGCACACGAGAGUGAGGAGGAGUCCGAGUACAUGACCCCCUCCUCCCGCCCCGCCCUGCCCCCUAUGGGAGCCAGCGGAGGGGACGCCGUCCCCCGACCCCCCCAGGCCAGCGCCCUCAGCUCGCGGGCUGUACUCAGCGAUGUGGACGAUGGCCAGCAGAUGUAUGAGGCCAUGUACAACAUCCACUCCCAGGGCCUUACUGCCACACUGCCUCACCAAGCCCGAGAGUCCGAUUACUCAGAGCUACCCCCUAUGGCCAGCAGCAACGGGCCGCGGGAGCCCCGCAGCGAGGAGGAGGAGGAGAACGGCUACGACAUCCCCAAAGCGCUGGUGCCCGCGCUGACCUCACGGCGCACGCUCUCCGAAAUCUCUGCUGCGUCCGCAUCCUUCAGCAGGGUUUCCGUGGAAACCGAGCUCACUGCAGGAUCCUCCUUCGCUGAAUCCAGUGAAGCCCCUGAACGGCCACCCAAACCCCUGCCACGGCGAAUCAACUCGGACCGUCGGCCCAGCCCUGUGCCUCCCGCGGGGGGCGGGGCCGGGGGCGGGGCCAACCCUCAGAUCAGCACCGAGAUCGAGCACCUGAUGAGCCAAGGCUACUCCUACCAGGACAUCCAGAAGGCCCUGAUGAUCGCGCAGAACAACCUGGAGAUGGCCAAGAACAUCCUGCGCGAGUUCGUCUCCAUCCCGUCCACCGCCCACAUCCUCACAUAGCCACCCCUGCGCCGACCGGGCGCCACCUAGGGGGCGUCUCCUGGCCCUCUCACCAGCCAUUGGCCGGGUCACAACAGCCCUGCCCCCCGUCAGGAGGCCAAGCAGUAGACGACGAGCAGGAAGCUUGGCUGCUUGUGAGGCCUUCUCACGGCAUCGCAAACUACACCUCACAGAUGCGUGUGUACAUAUAAGCGCUCGUUACGGACAUAUAUAUUUACCUGAAUGCGUAUGUAUUCCCUCAGAGCCAACAGUGAGGAUGCCCUGGGCCCCAGUGCCCCCUGCAGGUGCUGCUGUGGAACAGAGAGGAUUGUGGGGAUUGUAGUGCAGGGCGGCCUGUGACGCGGGGGCUUCGGUACUUGUGUAGCAUUUGUGUAGCGUGGUGUAAGAGCUGUGAGCCUGGCCCAUAGCAGGGUGUGUGUGCAGUGCUGCAGUCAUCCUCCUCUCCUUCCCUUCAGCUUACAGGGAGCAGCUAGCGGCCUUCAGCCCACAGGCUACGUGUCUCCUCUUCACUCGGCAUCGUGGGACUGUCAGGGACUUAGUUGCCUGUUUUGAUUUACUCUGACCAUUCGGCACCGCCCUUUAACCAGCCAGUCGGUGUUUUGCCGUGUUUACACUACAGUGCAAUGCAUUCGGCCGGCCAAGCAGUGAGUCUCUCAACCCCUGGCCACCAGCAUCGCCCUCAUGAAGCUCUGUGACCCAACCCCCUGCUGACCUGAGAUCAGUCGGUCCGGUUUUCGCCCUUCGGCCAGGGGUGGGUUAAGGGUUCUGGAGGCUGAUCCUGGAUCUGUCGUCGAGCCUCCGGGGCACGGCUUUGGUGGGCCGCGCGCGUCUGUGGGAGGGGUUGGCCACGCCUGGUCCAGUCUGGCCCCGCCCCCUCCCCCCCUCCCUCUUGCUCUUUCCGCCUCCCACUGCGCUCUCCUCUCCGGUCUGUCGGACCUUGCCUGGAUCUGCGCAUUAACCCUUUCCCCUCCGUGUCUUUAUCCUUCCUGAACUAAUGAAUGUGGACUUAACAUGAUGAUUUACCACACUUUUUAACUCUGGUUGUUUUUUCUAAGCUGUAACUGUUAACAGACUGAGGGAACGUGGACGUGUGUAAAUGAGUGGGGGGGGGGGGGGGGGGGAGCUCAGUGUAAUGAAAACUUUGUUGGGGAUGACUUUAAUAAUAUGUUGUUAUUAUUGUUAUUAUUAUUAAUAAUAAAUCAGAAGUGCUUUACUGCUGCUACUAUUGUUAGUGCUAAACAAUUAAGCCUUAAAUGUACAUUUGUGAAUAUUGUGGUUUAAUGUUUUUAAAGUGACAGUAUCCGGUUUUUUUUUUCCUUCUUUUGUAAUGUAGCAUACUUGAAAAUAUAAGUGGCUUGUGAGAGCUGAGCGAUGCCAGCCGACUCGUUCUCGCAUUUUGGCGACUGCAGAGCACCACAGGCUCAUAACCGUGUACGGCUGUCCAGUUUCUGAAGAAGCCAGAAGUUUGGUGCGCCCUGAACUUUCGGUCUCAUUGCCUGUCUUUUGAAGUGGAGUGGCAGGCUGCGGAGGUGGGUGGUGGUGCAGCAGACCGUACGGUUACAGGCGGUUGGAACGUGACCGUACGGUUAGACUGCUGGAACGUGACCGUACGGUUACAGACGGUUGGAACGUGACCGUACGGUUACAGACGGUUGGAACGUGACCGUACGAUUACAGACGGUUGGAACGUGACCGUACGGUUACAGGCGGUUGGAACGUGACCAUAUGGUUACAGACGGUUGGAACGUGACUGUACGGUUAGACGGGUGGAAUGUGACUGUACGGUUAGACUGCUGGAACGUGACCGUACGGUUACAGACGGUUGGAACGUGACCGUACGGUUACAGACGGUUGGAACGUGACCGUACGAUUACAGACGGUUGGAACGUGACCGUACGGUUACAGGCGGUUGGAACGUGACCGUACGGUUACAGACGGUUGGAAUGUGACUGUACGGUUAGACUGUUGGAACCUGACCGUACGGUUACAGACGGGUGGAACGUGACCGUACGGUUACAGGCGGUUGGAACGUGACUGUACGGUUAGACGGUUGGAACGUGACCGUAUGGUUACAGGCGGUUGGAACGUGACCGUAUGGUUACAGACGGUUGGAACGUGACCGUAUGGUUACAGGCGGUUGGAACGUGACCGUACGGUUACAGACGGUUGGAAUGUGACUGUACGGUUAGACUGUUGGAACCUGACCGUACGGUUACAGGCGGUUGGAACGUGAUCGUACGGUUACAGGCGGUUGGAACGUGACCGUACGGUUACAGACGGUUGGAACGUGACCGUACGGUUACAGGCGGUUGGAACGUGAUCGUACGGUUACAGGCGGUCUAAACGUGCUCAUACGGUUGCAGGCGUGCUGGGCUCAUUGCUCUUCUUCGGUUGCUCGCGGGUAAUGAUUGUUGAAACGGCAAAUGAAGUGAAAGAGUAUUUCAUUAUAAACGUGUGAUGUUUUACUGCAUACUUUGAAGAAGGGCAGUAAAACUUGUGGAACUCCGCAGAUAUACCUCCCUCGACAUCGGCAGCAAAGACUGUCCGAGUCUUUUUUCCUAUUGUGGUACAGAAAGAUCAGGAGUCACAUUGUGUGUUCUGUUCUGACUUAACACCUCAUCAUUAACAGUGCUUAUCAUUAAUGCUGCACAUCCUUAACACUGCUCGCUAUAAACGCUUCUGAUCUGUAAUACUGCAUGUCACGAACAGUGCUUAUCUUUAACAGUGCUCAUCAGUAAAACUGCACAUCAUUAAUAGUGCAUGCCAUGAACACUACUCAUCUUUAACACUGCAUGUCAUUAACACUGCACAUCCGUAACAGAAAAGCUUCUAAUCUGUAGCGCUGCGUGUCAUAAACACUGCACAUCCUUAACACAAACGCUUCUGAUCUGUAAGCACUGCAUGUCAUUAACACUGCACAUCCUUAACAGAAACGCUUCUAAUCUGUAGCGCUGCGUGUCAUAAACACUGCACAUCCUUAACACAAACGCUUCUGAUCUGUAGCACUGCAUGUCAUUAACACUGCGCGUCACUAACACCGUUUAUCUUUAACACUGCUCAUCUACUGCUCACAGAACACAGAUCAUCUUAUGAUGAAAGUUUACACGGCUCAUUGGUCUAGAUUGCGCUCUCAAGAUUACAUUACAUCCACCGGGCGGCUAAUAAUAAUAAUAAUACUCAAACUUUAGUCUGCUCAUUGCUUAAUAGCUGAAUUGUGUAGUCAUAAAAACGACACUGAAUACUCCUGCCUGUGUUUGUGAGCAUAAAAACAUAUUUCAGAGGCAGGUGUUCUUUCUUAAAUUAUUCUGCUUUAAUUGCCCGAUGUGCCACAUACAGCAGUUCCCUACACAUUGUCCUGUGAUGUCUGACAGGGCAGCGCUGCCUUAAAGUCGCUUUGGUUUCAUCGUGAAGAGAAAUGGUUCGUGUGAAAGAUUUAAGGUGAUGCGCAGAAAUGUCGGUUUAUUUUUAAAAAGAGAUUAAAACGGGCCACGUUCUGCUCCAUUAGUCUUGCGUGUGUCUUCAUCGCCUACUUUUAAUAAGCAGUUUCUCGUCGCUUUUCGUUUCUGUUUAUCGAACUAGGCUUAAUUUCAGAUCGGACAUUUUGACUGCACCCCAUGAAGUAUGACUGGUCUCUGACUACUGUUCUCGACUGUAAAAAUGCUUGUCAGUAUAAGAUUUCCAGUAAAUGUGUAUGUAUGUACAGUAUAUAUACUUUAUGCUCAGCGUACCAAUGUGCUAAGAUACUGUCACUUUAAAACUCGGUGUGUAAAAUGUUACUGACCUGUAUAGUACAUGGGAAUGCCAGUGUUUAUGUUGCAUUCCUUCAUAUGUCAGUUUAAUUUAAUUUUUUUUUUUUUUUGCAAAGUUUUGUUUACUUGUGUGAAAAAUGCUGUGAAAAGGCUUUUCCCAUUGGAUAUAAACAGUCUCCUCGUAUUCCACCCCUCAGAAAUCUAACUUUCCCGAUCUCUCUCUGUCCCAGCCUACCUGUGCAGUCUGUGGAGAUGUCUUCAUGCUGUAUUUGCAGAAAGUGAUUUCCUAUUUCACCACCAGAGGGAGUACUUUCCCCAUGUUGCCAUGUUACAGGUUUGAUUUUGUGUUCUUGCGGUCACAUUGUGAAUAGAUCAGUGUUCAUGUUUAAAGCAGAAAGCAGUGGCAACAAGGCCAACUGGCAGACAUGAUGCAGGCUGGUUCGGUAAACUCCCGUUUGUCCCCACUGCAUCAAAAACUCAUUUCCUCCUUCGUUGAACAGCCAAAUACGUUAGGAAACAAGUGGAACUGAAAAAAGAGCUCCUAAGAGGAGACUUUACCAUGUUUGAUUUGUAUGAAUAAAUUAUUAAGAAUAAACUCUUUAUUGCUGCAUGAAUGUAGAUUUAGUGACAGAACUACAUUAAAUUGGUGCAGAACCCUGUAACAGUGGCUACCGCAGAAUGGCCGUUAAGUUUUUACCAGUGCUUCCAGUAGUAUCUGUGACACGUUAGGGAAGCAGCUGUGGUACAGUAGGCCUGAACUGUUCUAAUAUGUCUUCAGUUACCGAUAGCGACAGGUUGGUAUCAUGGGGAGUUCUUCCUCUCGGUCUUCACGAUUUCCUUUGGUUCUUCUUUCUGAGGCAGGCUUUGUACAGUGUGUGUGCUCUCAAAUAGCAGUGACGCAACCAGCCGCGCAGAUUUAGGCUGUGCGACACACUGCGCGCGAGUUUGCGUGUGUGCGCGUGCGCAUGUCUGUGUAUGUUCAAACUAUUUAUUUUUAAAAAGCUAUAGCCGGCCAACUUCGGAUCCAUUUUUGACAGGACAGGAUGUGAGCAUUUUAAUGUAGAAGCAUUUGAUUUGCAAUUAUGGUAAUUGCUAUCGUUCUUUAGAUAAACGAAAUAUCAAUUAUAUAUCAGUGUUAACUAUCUACGGAGGUUUAUCCAAUGGCAUAAUAGGUCCGGUAAUAUAAAACUAAAUGUGUGAAAUGUAUAAAAAUCAGGAUUUUAUCCUCUGCGGUCUGUAAAAAAGAAGAAAAAAAGAAACAGAAAGCAAACCGAUACGAAGUUUCCACCAGGAGACCACGUCUUCAUUAAGAGCAGCACAAUUUAUUUUUUACAUAUUUUUUCAUUAAUGUGUAGAAAUAAAUACUAAUGUUAUUUAUUAAUUUCCGAUGCUGUACUUCAGUCCCAGAUCUGCAUAAAGAUAAAUUAAUUUUCCUUCUGGAAUUUAUGCAUCCACCAUUAAAGCAAUUUUAAAUAAACCUUCAUUGUUUUGUUUACAUUGCCUGUUCAUAACAUAACAUUGUCAUCUUUCACAUCAACUCACAGUCCACUUCUGUUAUUUCAUAUCCACACAAGUACAGUUCACCAGAUACCCAACCUCAUUUACUUAACUUUUUUGGAUUUUCUGAUUUAUUAUUUACUAUUAAUCAUUAAACAUUGAACUAUAAAUCUCUGUUACAAACCAGGGCGGUCCAAGUGGUUGUCUUGGGUAUGAUUCUCUCAGCCGUGUCACUUCAUGCACACUGUAUAGCUGGCUAAAGACUGAGCCUUUAACAAUAGAUUUGUUGACUGUAAAAUCUCAUGUUUCUACAUUUGGUCUGCUGUAAAAUGUUUGUGAAAUGUGUAGUUGGAUGUGAAGGGUAAUAAGUGUUUUUCUUAAUGUCAUCCCCUUAAAUCUGGGGCGACCGUCUUGAAUAAGUCUAAUUAGUUGCUAAAUUAAUUUCUCUAGGUCCUAUUAGAACGGAUUUCUCUUUAUAAAUAAAAUUUGAUACUUCCCUGUA